AAAGAUGAGCAGAAGAAGCUAAGCUAGCUAGUGUAAACAAAGCUGAGCGGAUUUUCUUGUUAAAGUGUCAACAAACUUUAUGAUGCGGGAAGCAGACGAGAUUAUAAAUACUUCUGGACAACACUAAAAGCUCCGCAGACUGAGCCGGUCCCAGCAGCAUCCAGUCCGGCCCCGGAGCUGCCAUGAGCCGGCCUGCGGUCUGAGCGGAAGAUAAUGGCUGCAGAGCUGUUUCCCACCAAGAAGCUGGUCCCCUCCGCCUCGUCCGUCCAGCAGAUCCAGCAGCAGAACCUGAACAACAACAACACCAGCACCGCGAUCAGCUGCUGCAACUGGCAGGGCCUGUACCCCACCAUCCGGGAGAGGAAUUCAGUCAUGUUCAACAAUGAGAUGAUGGCAGAUGUUCACUUUGUGGUCGGGCCGCCUGGGGGGACGCAGCGAGUCCCAGGACACAAGUAUGUCCUGGCCGUCGGGAGCUCCGUGUUCCACGCCAUGUUUUAUGGAGAACUGGCCGAGGACCAGGACGAGAUCCGGAUCCCCGACGUGGAGCCGCCGUCGUUCCUCGCCAUGUUGAAGUACAUCUACUGUGAUGAGAUCGACCUGUGCGCCGACACCGUGCUCGCCACGCUCUACGCCGCCAAGAAGUACAUCGUGCCUCACCUGGCCCGGGCCUGCGUCAACUUCCUGGAGACGAGCCUGAGCGCCAAGAACGCCUGCGUGCUGCUGUCUCAGAGCUGCCUGUUCGAGGAGCCCGACCUGACGCAGCGCUGCUGGGAGGUGAUCGACGCCCAGGCCGAGCUGGCGCUGCGCUCCGAGGGCUUCUGCGACAUCGACACCCAGACGCUGGAGAGCAUCCUGCGGCGGGAGACGCUCAACGCCAAAGAGAUGGUGGUGUUCGAGGCGGCACUGAGCUGGGCCGAGGCCGAGUGCCAGAGACAGGACCUGACGCCGACCAUCGAGAACAAGCGGCUGGUGCUGGGGAAGGCCAUCUACCUGAUCCGCAUCCCCACCAUGGUGCUGGAGGACUUCGCCAACGGGGCGGCGCAGUCCGGCGUGCUCACUCUCAACGAGACCAACGACAUCUUCCUCUGGUACACCGCCGCCAAGAAGCCUGAACUCCUAUUCUGUACCAAACCUCGUAAGGGCCUGGCGCCGCAGCGCUGCCACCGCUUCCAGUCCUGCGCCUACAGGAGCAACCAGUGGCGGUACCGCGGCCGCUGCGACAGCAUCCAGUUUGCGGUGGACAAACGCGUCUUCAUCGCUGGCUUCGGCCUGUACGGCUCCAGCUGCGGCUCGGCCGAGUACAGCGCCAAGAUCGAGCUGAAGCGCCAGGGCGUUUCCAUGGCGCAGAGGAUCAUCAAGUACUUCUCCGACGGCUCCAGCAGCACGUUCCCCGUCUGGUUCGACUACCCGGUGCAGAUCGAGCCCGACACCUUCUACACCGCCAGCGUGGUGCUGGACGGCAACGAGCUCAGCUACUUCGGCCAGGAGGGCAUGACGGAGGUGCAGUGUGGGAAAGUGACGUUCCAGUUCCAGUGCUCCUCGGACAGCACCAACGGCACCGGCGUGCAGGGAGGACAGAUCCCCGAACUCAUCUUCUACGCCUGAGCCGGGCCGAGAUGCUGCUUCACCGCUGCUUCACUGCCAUGUAGACUCUUAUUUUGAAAGCACGGAGACGAGUUCUCAGGAAGCUGCCGGGGGACGGACUCCGGGUUUUACUGCUGAGCGACGGUCGGAAACAUUCCUUCACACCGGCUGUUGUUUGUGUCUCGCAGCAGCUGUUUGGGUUCCUCUUGGUCAUGCAGGAAUUGUAAACAAACGUGGGAAUUAUUGAUAACCAUAAGAGACGGGAGAUAUACAGGUGCAUCUCAAUAAAUUAGAAUAUCCUAGAAAUGUUUUUUUAUGGUAAAUGGACCUGUGACCUGCGUUUUACACUACAGACUGCGCUCAGUCACCCGUUCACACACACAUUCAUACUGGUGGCUGAGGCUACCCUAAACGGUGCCUCCUGCCACCAUUGGGAAUUCAUCCACACACCAAUGAACGCAGCAUCGGGAGCAAUUUAGGGUUCAGUAUCUUGCUCAAGGAUACCUCGACAUGUAGGCUGCCAUGGUCAGGGAUCGAACCACCAACCAUCCGAUCGGUCGGCAACCCGCUCUACCAACUGAGCCCAUGUCAGUAGUUCAAAUCAAAAGUAGAAAUAACACAUUAUAUAGAUCCAUUACACACAGAAUUAAACAUUUCAUGUCUUAAUUUAUUUAAUUUAUCUUCAUUAUGAAAAUGCUUAAAAUGGGUCAAUUAUAGUCUGAUACACAUUAGAGCAUAACAUGGGCAGAAAUGACAGAAAAACAUCAUAUUUUGGGUGGUCCAAAAAUGACCCCCUCAAAAAAAUAGUCAUACUAUAGCAUGUGGAUUUUUGUAAAAAAAAAAAAUUGAAAUGCUUAAAAUGGGUCAAUGAUUAUGGCUUGCAUUUAAUGAAGACGUAAAAGUCAGUGUCUCACAAAAAUUUUGAUGUCACAAAAGACCAAUUUUAAAAAUUAAAAAUAUGUUUACUCUGGAAAUGUUGGCCUCUGAACAGUAUGUCCAUCUAUAUGACUCAAUACUUGUUGGGGCUAUUUGGAAAUUGACUUUUCCAUCAUAUUCUAAUGAAUUGAGAUGCACCUGUAGAUGAAAUCUUUCAUUGUGAUAAUUACAAUUUUAUAUUAAUUAACUAUUAAUAACAAAACACAUUUUAUGGAAAAAUGGUAAUUAUUAAUGGAUAAAAAUAGUCACAGCUGAAGCCAUAAAUUAAAAUACUUCAUCACAGUGAUGCAGAUAUCUUAUAAAUAUCCAAUAUUGGCAUAAAACUCAGCUGAUCAUUGGUUCACAGCGCUGUCCGUCACAUCCUCGUACGCAGAAGUUAAAGGGAAAGUCGAACACUAAACCCAAAAUAAAUAUACAUAAAUAUUUGUUUUCCUGACCAGCAGUCUAUAACCUCGACAUAUUCAGAUUAUUGUUCAUUUAUUUUAUUGAUUAUUCGACUAGAUUAUGAUUAUUAUUUAGUCAAUUGACUUGUUUGACUGAAGCAGAAAAACCUGAAGCAGAAAAUCCAGUUUAAUUGAACAUUUUAAAUCAACUCAGUGACAUUAAAUCACUCUCAGUUGUAAUGUGCAACAAGUAACACAAAUAUAACACAAAACACACUCAGAGCUGCUUCUGUUACAUGUUCCGACAUCGUCACUAAAACUGGCUUUUAGUUUCUGGCUUUAAAGAUAAAAUGUUCAGUUUGAUGUCAAAGCCGUUUUCUGAUGAACGUGAUGGGAAAAAAUCCCGUUUAUUCAUAAAAAUGAGAAACUUUCUCACAAUGUCCAAAACAACAACUCAGCAUCUGUCGAGAAUGUUUCUCAAUAUUUUGUAAAAUGGCGUCCAAAAUAAUAAGAAAUUGAUUCAAAAUAAUGAGAAAUGUUUUCAAUGAUGAGAAACUUUCUCAAAUUAAGGAGAAAUGUUCUAAAAAUGAGACUUUCAGUUUGGGAAUGGUUCACUAUUUUGAGAAAAAUUCUGAUUGUUUUGAGAACAUUUCACAUUAUUUUAAACCAAGUUUCUCAUGAUUGAAAACAUUUCUCAUUACUGAAAAGGUUUCUCAUUAUUCUGAGAACAUUUUUCAUUGUUUUGAGAACGUUUCUCAUUAUUAUAAGAACAUUAUUAAUUAUUUUGAGGUUUCUCAUGCAGCUGCACAUUAAAUUCAAAUUAUGUUUUCUGCCGACGUGAUGGAAAAAAAAUCCUGUUUAUUCAUAAUAAUGAGAAACUUUUUCACAAUUUCCAAUAUAACAAUAAUUGUAAGUCAUUAUUUUAAGAACUUUUCUCAUGAUUGUGAAAGUCUCUCUUUUUUUCUUCUUUUUUUUACGUUUUCAUUUUGAUUAACUGUCUAAAUAUUCUGACAACCGUUUCUCAUUUUGAGAACAUUUCUCAUUAUUCUGAACCAGUUUCUUAUUGUUUUUGACAACAUUUCUCAGUUUGUGAACAUUUCACAUUAUUUUGUGAAUGUUUAUCAUUAUCACAAGAACAUUCUCAUUAUUUUGAGAAAAAUUCUAAUUUUUUUCGAACGUUCUGCAUUAAUUUAAACCAAGUUUCUCAUGCUUAAACAUUUCUCAUCACUGAAAAGGUUUCUCAUUAUUGUGAGAACAUUUUUCAUUAUUUAGAACAAGUUUCUCAUUAUUUUUGAAAGUCUCAAUUUUGUUUGGAAGGUUUUUAUUUUGAUAAAUAUUCUGACAAACGGUUCACAUAUAUUGAGAAAGAUUCUCAUCACAAAAAAAAAAUCUCAUCAUUUUGAGAAUAUUUGACACUAUUUUAAACCAAGUUUCUCAUGCUUGAAAAAAAUUCUCAUUACUGAAAAGGUUUCUCAUUAUUCUGAGAACAUUUUUCAUUGUUUUAAGAACGUUUCUCAUGCUGCUGCACAUUAAAUUCAAAUUCUAAAAAAAUGUUUUUAUUCUUCAAAAUCAUAAUUGCAUUAUGGACUGAAGAUGAUGAGAGAUUUCUAAACCCACAAACUGAAUUCUACAGACUGAAGACAAAAAUCUUGUUUGGUACAAAACAACUUCACACCUUCACGAUCAUUUAACAUAUUUUUCAGUGAAAAUAAGAAAAAAAAAAAGAUCAUUUCCUGCAAUAUUGUAAAUCAAGUCACGGUCAGAAUAUCAGUAAAAACAGUCACAGUUUUCCACAGUUUCUCAUUAUUUUAAGAAUGUUUUGUCAUUAUUUUUCUCAGUAAUUAUUUUUGAAAAAAAAAUCUCAUAGUGAGGAUUUACAGGAUUAUUUUUGCCAUCACAAAGCAAGUUUAAACCUUUAUUUAAUAUAGAUUUAUGAUGAGAGAAUCCCAAAGACGGAGAAGUGUUAAAAACUGAUUUUUUUACUCUGUUGUUGUUCAGACUUUGGUUUUAUUUUGAAAAUUUGGAAACAUUCCUGCUGUUACUGAAGAACUGAAGGACUUUUAUAAAGAUGAAGCACUACUUUUUUUCUGUUUGAACCUGUGCAGGUGUUUACUGUUU